CCUCUCUUCGCACCCUUACCUCUUUGUACCGCACCCCCUGGGGACCUUUGCGCCCCUCCCCCCUGGCUGCAUGGACUGUCCCGCAGGCCGCUGAUGCUGCCCGCAGCGAGGUGGCCCGGACCGCUGUGCCCCGAGAGAGCUCUCAUGGUACCAAGCAACAGGUUGGCCUUCCUGUGACCCGGGGACGCCGGAUCUUCUGAGAAGAUGUCAGCAAUACAGGCCGCUUGGCCAUCCGGUACAGAAUGUAUUGCCAAGUACAACUUCCAUGGCACUGCUGAGCAAGACCUUCCCUUCUGCAAAGGAGAUGUGCUCACCAUUGUGGCCGUCACCAAGGACCCCAACUGGUACAAAGCCAAGAACAAGGUGGGCCGUGAGGGCAUCAUCCCAGCCAACUAUGUCCAGAAGCGGGAGGGCGUGAAGGCGGGCACCAAACUCAGCCUUAUGCCUUGGUUCCAUGGCAAGAUCACGCGGGAGCAGGCAGAGCGGCUCCUGUGCCCUCCGGAGACAGGCUUGUUCCUGGUGCGGGAGAGCACCAACUACCCCGGGGACUACACGCUGUGUGUGAGCUGCGACGGCAAGGUGGAGCACUACCGCAUCAUGUACCAUGCCAGCAAGCUCAGCAUCGACGAGGAGGUGUACUUUGAGAACCUCAUGCAGCUGGUGGAGCACUACACCUCAGAUGCAGAUGGACUCUGUACUCGCCUCAUCAAGCCAAAGGUCAUGGAGGGCACAGUGGCAGCCCAGGAUGAGUUCUUCCGCAGCGGCUGGGCGCUGAACAUGAAGGAUCUGAAGCUGCUGCAGACCAUUGGGAAGGGGGAGUUUGGAGAUGUGAUGCUGGGUGAUUACCGAGGGAAUAAAGUUGCUGUCAAGUGCAUUAAGAACGAUGCCACGGCCCAGGCCUUCCUGGCUGAAGCCUCGGUCAUGACGCAACUUCGGCAUAGCAACCUGGUACAGCUUCUAGGCGUGAUCGUGGAGGAGAAAGGCGGGCUCUACAUCGUCACUGAGUACAUGGCCAAGGGGAGCCUGGUGGACUAUCUGCGGUCACGCGGUCGGUCGGUGCUAGGCGGAGACUGUCUCCUCAAGUUCUCACUAGACGUCUGCGAGGCUAUGGAAUACCUGGAGGGCAACAACUUCGUGCACCGGGACCUGGCCGCCCGCAAUGUGCUGGUGUCCGAGGACAACGUGGCCAAGGUCAGCGACUUUGGCCUCACCAAGGAGGCCUCCAGCACCCAGGACACGGGCAAGCUGCCAGUCAAGUGGACAGCCCCAGAGGCUCUGAGAGAGAAGAAAUUCUCCACCAAGUCUGACGUGUGGAGUUUUGGAAUUCUUCUCUGGGAAAUCUACUCCUUUGGGCGAGUGCCUUAUCCAAGAAUUCCCCUGAAGGACGUUGUCCCUCGGGUGGAGAAGGGCUACAAGAUGGAUGCCCCCGACGGCUGCCCGCCUGCAGUCUACGAUGUCAUGAAGAACUGCUGGCACCUGGACGCCGCCACACGGCCCUCCUUCCUGCAGCUCCGGGAGCAGCUCGAGCACAUCAAAGCCCACGAGCUACACCUGUGACCGCCGGCCUCCGCCCAGGUCUUGGGCAUGUGGGGACUGAACCUGGAAAGAUUGUGGACCUGGGGCCCCCGCUCACUAGGCUCAAACCUGAACUGAGCCCAGCAGGCUGGUGGGCCUCUUUCCUCUGUCCCAGCCUGCACCCCCUCUGGCCCCCCAGGGACCCCGCCUAGACCUGGCACCUUCUCUCAUGGACCCACUUGUGUGGCUUCAGGAGCCCCAACAAAGGGCCGAGAAGGAAGGGUGAGGGGCGGGAGGCAGAUGCCCCCUCCCAUGCUCAGGCUUUCCUGGCCUCCCGUCUCUCGCCUUCUUAGAGUUUUAUUCCUUUCCUUUUUUGAGAUUUUUUUCCGUGUGUUUAUUUUUUAUUAUUUUUCAAGAUAAGGAGAAAGAAAGUACCCAGGAAAUGGGCAUUUUACAAGAA